GAAUGAUUAACAUUUUGCAUGGAUUGGGGCUGCGCUUCUUGGCUCUCGGCCACCACACUCCGUUUAUGCACAUUGGUAUGGCUCAUAACUAUAGGAAUGUAAGCCAGGCCAUCCAAGCAGUCAGGGAUUGUGGGUAUGAAAUUUCAAUGGGGCUUAUGCCCAAAUCCAUUGGACCCCUCACAUUUUGCUUCACUGGAACAGGAAAUGUCUCCAAGGGAGCCCAAGACAUCAUCAACGAGCUUCCUGUUGAAUAUGUUGAACCUCACGAGUUGAAGGACGUCUCUGAAACAGGAGAUAUGACCAAAGUGUAUGCCACCGUCCUUAGCCGACACCACCACCUUGUAAGAAAGAGUGACGGCAUCUAUGACCCCAUUGAGUACGAGAUCCAUCCAGAACUGUACACUUCUCACUUCAGGACCAGCGUAGCACCCUAUACAACCUGUCUGAUCAAUGGUAUUUAUUGGGACCCCCACACUCCUCGACUCCUCAGGCGACUGGACGCUCAGAUGCUCAUGAGACCACAAAAAUCCUCAUCUGCAUACAACGAGGGAUCACCUAAGCUUCCUCACAAGCUGCUGGCCAUCUGCGACAUAUCUGCUGACACUGGAGGCUCUAUAGAGUUCAUGAAUGAAUGCACCACCAUUGAUAAGCCUUUCUGCAUCUAUGACGCUGACCAGCAUAUUGAUCAUGACAGCGUGGAGGGAAACGGGAUUCUCAUGUGCUCCAUUGACAACCUUCCUGCUCAGCUGCCAAUCGAAGCCACAGAGUAUUUUGGUGACCGUCUCUUCCCCUACAUCUGGGAGAUGCUACCUUCAGAUUCAACCAGACCAUUGGACGAAGAAGAAUUUAGCCCACAAGUCAGAGAUGCUGUCAUCGCCUCUAAUGGAAAACUUACUCCAAAGUUUGAAUACAUUGAAAAACUUAGAGAAAGAAGGGAGAAAACUCAGAUCAUGAAGAAGGCCGGCAUGAAGCGAGUUCUGCUGUUGGGUUCAGGAUAUGUGUCUGGACCUGUUGUGGAGUAUCUGACCCGUGAUCAGGGCACCCAGGUCACUGUGGCAUCGAUGCUAUUGAGCCAGGCAGAGGAGCUGGCAGCCAAAUACCCCAACACCAUCCCUGUCAUGCUGGAUGUCAGCAGCCAAGAGGGACACCUAGACUCUCUGGUCAGAGAUCAUGACUUGGUCAUCAGCUUGCUGCCUUACUCGUUCCAUUCGCUUAUCGCCAAACACUGUAUAAAGAGGAAGGUGAACAUGGUGACAGCCAGCUACCUUAGUCCUGCCAUGAAGGCGUUGCAGAGCAGUGCAGAAGAAGCAGGGAUCACGAUCGUGAAUGAGAUGGGACUGGACCCAGGCAUCGACCACAUGUUGGCCAUGGAGUGUAUCAACAAAGCCAAAGCUGAAAGCUGCACUGUGGAGUCCUACAGCUCAUUCUGUGGUGGUCUUCCUGCUCCUGAGUGCUCAGACAAUCCUCUUCGUUACAAGUUCAGCUGGAGCCCAUAUGGUGUCCUCCUCAACACUAUCAGUCCCGCUAUUUUUCUCAAAGACAACCAGGUGAUAAAUGUCCCACCUGGUGGCUCUCUGAUGGAUUCCACCACUCCAAUGGAUUUCUUUCCAGGUUUCAACCUUGAGGGAUUUCCGAAUCGUGACAGCACGAAAUACGCUGAGCCAUACGGCAUCCAGACAGCACACACGCUCAUCAGAGGAACUCUGCGUUUUAAGGGUUUCUCGAAGGCCAUGAGUGGUUUCAUUAAACUGGGUCUAAUCAACAGCGAUCCCAGUCCCAUCCUGCAGCACACGUCAUCACCAGUUUCAUGGAAAGAACUCCUCUGUCAGCAGAUGGAUUUAUCUUCUUCUGUUUCCCAAAAUGUCUUUGAACAAGCUGUAUAUGAACACACAGGGCAGGAUGACUUCAGGAUGGACACUCUGAGAUGCUUAGGGAUGCUUGGCGAUGAGCUAGUGCCCCAUGCAGAGAGCAUUUUGGCUGCCCUUGCAAAACAUUUGGAAACUAAACUUUCAUUUGAUAAGGGAGAAAGAGACAUGAUCAUUCUGAGAAACGAUGUGGGGGUUCGCUAUCCAACUGGAGAACUAGAGACCAAACACAUCAGCCUGGUGGUGUAUGGCGACCCCACCGGCUUCUCAGCCAUGGCCAAGACUGUUGGAUACCCAGCAGCCAUUGCUGCUCGGAUGGUUCUUAACGGUGAAAUCAAUACAAAGGGUCUGGUGGUUCCAAUGGUGAAAGAGAUCUACGAACCAGUGCUGGCCCGGCUGAAAGAGGAAGGACUACACUUCAUUUCCAAAAGCACCCUGCAGGAGUAGAGCUACAACAUCAAGAAGAGCAAAUGACUGUAAAUUCUAAUCUUGUCUACAUUUCAUGUCAUUAAUCGACCUUUAAACUCUUCAGACAGAUUCUGGCUCACCUACCUGCUUUCAUUCUGAGUUUAUAAUAAUACUCUAACAUGCCUACCCAGGAAGGUUGUUUGCUCCCUGAUUUUUUGAAUUCACAAUAAAAAGUUAUCUGAA